AUGCCUUCCAAACACAACAACAAAUCAUCGAACCCUAAUCAUCCAAGAAAUUCAGAAUCCAGUAAUCACUUGAGAAGAAGUUUCACCGGAAAUCCAUUCUCCAAGCCUUCUUCCCUCAUGGCAAACCCUAGAUCCAGUUUCUCUCACACCCCUGCCAAUAGUCCCAUAGAUUUUCAAAGAAAAAGCUUUGAAUAUGAAAAGGAAAAUGUGAAAGAUCAGAUGUUGUUGAAACCUGGAAAGAUUCGAUCGCCGUCACCAGCUGCUACGUCGAAAUCGUCGAAGAAUUUCAUGUCUCCAACAAUCUCUGCUUCUAUCAAGAUCUCGGAGUCUCCGAGAAGGAAAAUCCUCGCCGAGAGGAACGAGACUGCUCAUUCAUCUGACCACAAAAUUCAUGUUCGGAAGGUAACUUUUGCUGAUCCUUUAGAACAGAAAAGGCUUGAUGCUUCAAUUGAUGGAAAUGAAAACCCCUUCCCAAGUUAUGAGUCUUGUGAUAGGAGUAGUGAGAAUUUGUCUGAUUCCGAUGGUGUUUCUUUGAUUCCGAGUGAUGAUUUGUUGUUUGAAAAUAUGCCUAUGAAUAGUCCUUUGGUUCCACAGAAUGAGAUUCACAUUCACACUGAUUCCUCGUUUGAAAAAGUUUCCGUAGAGGCUUUGAGUCCACAGAAUGAGAUUCAUAUUGAAUCCUCAUUUGAAAAUGUUUCUAGAGAGCCUGAUUUUGUAAACCUUGACCCUACUUUUAAGCUUAGCCCACCGGCCGCCACUCCGCCGGUUUCAUACACACAUACUGUAGUAGAUCCUCUUGAUGCAGAUCCAUCAAUAGCACCUUAUGAUCCUAAAACGAACUACCUCUCCCCUAGGCCACAAUUCCUUCAUUACAGACCAAAACCACAAAUCGAAUUAGAAGACAGAUUCAUCAUGUCUGCAAGCUUUUCAGACUCAGAAGUUACCGAGGAUACUCAGUCUGAGGAAUCACUGAAGGAAUCUGAGGACGCUUCUUCAGAUGAAACUGUGAAACAAGAAGAGGAUCAAAUUUCAGAAGCGAGUCCUGUUAGGACUCUCUUGCCAGAGGAAACUGUAGAAGUAAAGGGCUUGCCAAAGUCGCGUUUCUCCUUGAGAUCAAUGGCGGUUGCUCUAAUUUUGCUACUGUCAAUUUCUUUUGUAUCAAUCUCAGUCACAAAUUCUCCAGGGAUUGAUCAUGCUGUGUUUGGAGAAUUUUAUGACGCUUAUAAAUUGUCUGAAAUUUCAGAGUUUGCAAGGGCUAACUUUGACCAAUUCUCCCAGUUUUCAAAAGCAAAUUAUGACAGUUUAGCUCGAAAUUUGCAUAUUUGGUUUACUAAGUCACUGUAUUCGAUAACUGAGUUGAUUUCAGAUGUUAGAGGAGCAGGCAAUUUGGCCCAGUUGCCGUAUUUUAACUUGACUUUGCUGAAUGACUAUAAUGUAGUUAAUCAGUAUCCUAUCUGUGGAUUCCGUGAAAAUGAAAUAGGUAUCACUAACCUUCAUGCUCAAGAACAACCUGUUACCUCAGAGAUUGUUGUGGAUGAGAAUUUUGGUGAUAUUUCAGCAGAGCAUUAUGAAGUAUAUGAAGAACAACUUCAACAUGAUAUAGAAAUGGCCACUGGAUUUGAAAAUACUUUGGAUGCUCUCGAAUCUGAGGAGGUGCACAAGGGCCAGCCAGCCGCUAUUUUUGAAUCAGUAGAGCAGACUUUGCAACUAUCGGAAAUUGAACAUUUAGAUGCAAAGUUGGCACAAGAAGUUGGCGUUGAAGGUAUUCCUGAUUCCGAGGAAGCACUGGGUGAAGCAUUCAUGGGCCAAUCUGUCACUUUGGUGGAACCAGAGCUGGCUUUGCAGCUGGUAGAAGCAGCAAAGGAAGAUAACCAAACACCAAGCGAUGCAGAGUUGGUUCAUGUAGUUGAUAUUGAAAAUACUCCAGAAUCCGAGGAAGCAUUCAAAUCUGUCCCCUUGGUAGAACUAGAGCAGGCUUUGCAAAUGGAAGAAAAUCUAACACUAAAAGAUAUUGAUGGUGAUAGUGAAUAUAAGCCAAAUUCGAAUUCCGAGGCUGCUGAAAUCCAUGAAGAAGUGUAUGGAGAAGACAGUGUAGAUACAAGGCUAGCACAAGAAAGUGAUGCUAAAUUAAAUGGCAAAGAAAGUGUUGCAGAUCUCAAGCAUUCACCAGUUUCAGAUUCAGAAGCUGCUGAAAUUCGCACGGAUGACAAAGAAGUGGGAGAAUCAGCAAGCACAGAUGCUGCAAUUAGAAGAAAUGAACAGCUACUAGAAGCUAGUCAAAUUCCUCAAAACAUGUUGCUAUACCUGCUGCUAUGUGCAGGUACAAUUAUUAUUGCAGGUGCAACUUUUAACUGGUCAAGGAAAGUUAAAAGUGUAAGCAGAAAACCUAAUAUUGAAUCCGAGAUCGAUCAGAUUACCCCUGAUAAACCAUCUGGGAGGAGUGCACCAGUAGAAAUCGACGAUGUUGGAGAAUCAACCCGUUCCGAAAUGGUUGGAGAAUCAUGCCCUUCAGAGUUGAGCAGCUUUGAGAAGAGUUCAUCCUACAGAGUUAGUCAAUUAAAUGAAGCUACCUCCAGCAUUGAUAAAAAGCGCAGGAAUAAUUACAGGAGAGAGUCUUUGGUUUCUUCUAACUCCAUGGAUUCAUCAUCCUAUGGAAGCCUAACAGUGUUUGAGAAAAUUCCAAAGGGACGCGGUGAUGAUGAGAUAGUAACUCCGGUUAGGCGUUCGAGUAGGAUCAGGAGCCUUGCCACUUCUCCUGUAUAA